CGGUAACUAAGGAGAUCACAGCUCUGUUUACUACAAAGAUGUCCUCCUCGCUAGCAGUUGCUAUCCUUGAGCUGGUCAGAGAGAUGACCGAGCUCUAAAUCGUCACCUCAGCGCUGAAAACCUCUCCUUGGGCUUCCUGUAGCUUCUUUCACAAUGCAGCUGAAGCAUAUUAAGACACUUUUAACCCCGCAGGAUGGUGCUGCCAAGGUGACAUGCAUGGCCUGGGCACCGAACAACAGCAGGUUUGCUGUUUGUACCGUGGACAGAGUGGUGCUGCUCUAUGAUGAGCAUGGAGAAAGGAGAGACAAGUUCUCCACAAAACCUCUGGACCCGAAGUAUGGAAAACAGAGCUAUGUGGUUAAUGACAUGGUCUUCUCGCCGGACUCCACCAAAAUCGCCAUUGGCCAGUCGGACAACAUCAUCUACGUCUACAGAAUCGGGGAGGACUGGGGGAACAAGAAAGCCAUCUGCAACAAAUUUGUCCAGACGAGUGCUGUGACUCGCCUUCUUUGGCCUGCAGAAAGUGCUAUUGUUUACGGAUUAGUUGAUGGGAAGGUCCGCCUCGCCAACACCCAGACCAACAAAUCCUCCACCAUCUACACCACAGAGUCCUGUGUUGUCUCUCUGGCAUCCAAUGUUUCUGGUAAGGGAGUCCUUUCUGGUCACGCUGAUGGGACUGUCGUGCGCUACUUCUUUGAUGAUCAAGGUUCAGGGGAGUCUCAGGGUAAGCUGCUGACACACCCGUGCCCUCCUUAUGCUCUGGCCUGGGGCGCAAACAGCAUCAUGGCGGGCGGCUGCGAUAAGAAGGUGGUGGCGUACAGCAAGGAGGGCCAAAUCCUGCAAAACUUCGACUACAGCCGUGACCGAUCGGAGAGAGAGUUCACGACGGCGGUCACCAGCCCCAGCGGGCAGUCUGUGGUGUUCGGCAGCUUCGACCGACUGCGAGUGUUUAGCUGGGCUCCAAGGAGAAGUGUGUGGGAUGAAGCCAAACCCAAAGAAAUCACCAACCUCUACACCAUCACCAGCUUGGCCUGGAAGAAAGACGGAUCGCGCCUUUGUGCUGGGACACUAUGUGGCGCAGUGGAGCUGUUUGACUGCUGCUUGAGGAGAACAAUCUAUAAGAACAAGUUUGAGAUGACCUACGUUGGUCUAAGUCAGGUGAUCGUAAGGAACCUCUCUACUGGAACACGGGUGGUGCUGAAGUCCUACUACGGCUAUGAGAUAGAAGAAGUCAAGAUCAUGGGAAAAGAUCGGUACCUGGUGGCUCACACCUCUGAUACUCUUCUGCUUGGGGACCUGCUGACCAACAAAUUAAGCGAGGUGCCUUGGCAAGGUUCUGGAGGAAACGAAAAGUUCUCUUUCGAAAAUGAAACGGUGUGCAUGAUCUUUAACGCCGGGGAGCUGAGCCUGGUGGAGUACAGUAACAAUGAGAUUCUGGGAUCAGUCAGGACAGAGUUCAUGAAUCCACACCUCAUCAGUGUGCGAAUUAAUGAGAGGAAACAGAGAGGAGUGGAAGACAACAAGAAGCUUGCUUAUCUGAUCGACUUAAAGACCAUUGCCAUUGUGGACUUGGCUGGAGGCUACAACCUGGGAACCAUCAGUCACGACUCCAAGAUUGACUGGCUGGAGCUCAAUGAAACCGGACGGAAACUGCUGUUCAGGGACAAGAAGCUGCGGCUCCACCUGUACAACAUAGAGUCCGGGGUGAAGACCACGCUGCUCAGUUUCUGUUCGUACGUCCAAUGGGUGCCCGGCAGUGACGUGGUGGUCGCUCAGGACAGGGGCAACAUUUGCAUCUGGUACAGCAUCGACAGCCCAGAGAGCAUCACCAUGUUCCCCAUCAAGGGAGACAUUGUGGAUUUGGAAAGAGCUGAUGGCAGGACAGAAGUCAUAGUGACAGAGGGUGUCAACACAGUGACGUACACUUUGGACGAAGGCCUUAUUGAGUUUGGUACUGCCAUCGAUGAUGGAGAUUACGACAGAGCAACAGCGUUUCUGGAGACGCUGGAGAUGUCACCAGAGACUGAGGCCAUGUGGAAGACUCUCAGCAAGCUGGCUGCAGAAACACGCCAGCUGCACAUCGCAGAAAGAUGUUUUGCUGCUCUGGGUGAUGUCUCAACUGUUCGGUUCCUCCACCAGACAAAUCAGAUCGCAGACAAAUUUUCACAGGAAAUGGGAGAAGACGGGACAUCAUUUUACAAAGUCCAAGCCCACAUGGCCAUGUUGCAUAAGAACUUUAAACUGGCUGAGAUGCAUUACAUGGAGCAGAAUGCCAUUGACGAGGCCAUAGAGAUGUACCAAGAGCUCCACAUGUGGGACCACUGCAUCGCUGUGGCUGAAGCCAAGAACCACCCAGAGGUCAACACCCUGCGUGGGAACUACUACCAGUGGCUCACAGAGACGGGUCAAGAUGAGAAGGCCGGCGAGGUAAAGGAGAGUGAAGGAGAUUUCCAGGCAGCCAUCAACCUCUACCUGAAGGCUGGACUACCAGCCAAAGCUGCCCGUCUGGCCAUCAGCCGUCCAGAGAUCUCCAGCAGCACAGAGACCGUCAGUCGCAUCGCUGCCAGUCUCAUCAAGGGAGAGUUGUAUGAUAGAGCUGGAGAUCUAUAUGAGAAGGCCAGGAACAACCAGAGAGCUUUAGAGUGCUACUGCAAAGGGGGGGCCUUCAGGAAAGCGGUGGAGCUGGCUCGUGUUGCUUUCCCUGCCGAGGUGGUGAAACUGGAGGAGGCCUGGGGAGACUAUCUCGUCCAGCAGAAACAGAUGGACGCCGCCAUCAAUCAUUUCAUUGAAGCAGGCUGCUCUCUCAAAGCCAUCGAGGCAGCAAUCGCAGCUCGCCAGUGGAAGAAGGCCGUCCACAUCCUGGAGUUGCAGGAGGACGCAUCAGCAGAGAAAUUUUAUGUUAAGAUAGCUCAGCACUACGCCUCCAUUCAGGACUACGAGGUGGCAGAGCAGCUGUUUGUGAAAGGAGGUCACAUCAAAGAUGCCGUUGACAUGUACACCGCAGCAGGGCGCUGGGAGGAGGCUCACAAGCUGGCUGUGAAGUGUAUGACAGAGGAGGAAGUUAGCGCUCUGUACGUCAGCAGAGCUCAGGAGCUGGAGAAGGACGGAAAGUUCAAGGAGGCUGAAAGGCUGUUUGCCACCGUGAAGCAGCCUGACCUUGCCAUCACCAUGUACAAGAAGAACCGGAUGUUUGAUGAUGUUAUUCGUUUAGUAGCCAAACAUCACCCCGACCUUCUGACGGAGACCCACCUCCACCUGGCCAAGGAGCUGGAAGCUGAGUCCAGGUUCUCAGAAGCAGAGUACCACUUCAUGGAGGCUGAAGAGUGGAAGGCGGUGGUUCAUAUGUACAGAGUCCAUGAUAUGUGGGAGGAUGCAUACAGGGUGGCAAAGAACCAUGGAGGUGCUGGAGGCCAGAAGCAGGUGGCCUACUUGUGGGCCAGGAGUCUGGGCGGAGAGGCCGCCGUCAAGCUGCUGAACAAGUUUGGCCUGUUGGAAUACGCCAUCGAGUCUGCUGCAAAUAAGUUCUCAUUUGACUUUGCCUUUGACUUGGCUCGCCUGUCAUGUAAGGAAAAGAUUCCUGAGAUCCACCUGAAGCAUGCCAUUUACCUGGAGGAUGAGGCAAGGUUUCCCGAGGCUGAAGUUGAGUUCAUCAAGGCAGGAAAACCCAAAGAAGCGGUCUUCAUGUAUGUCCACAACAAGGACUGGGCCAACGCUCAGCGGGUGGCCGAGAACCACGAUCCAGAGAGCGUUUCCGAGGUUCUGGUCGGCCAAGCCAAGUUCUGCUUUGAACAGAAAGAUUUCCAGAAGGCCGAGGCGUUCCUGCUGCGAGCGCAGAGGCCUGAACUAGCCGUUAAAUUUUAUAAGGAUGCCGACAUGUGGAGUGAUGCAAUGCGGAUUUGUAAAGAGUAUCUCCCCAGCAAGCUCUCCAUGCUGCAGGAGGAGUAUGAGAGGGUUACGUCCAAGAAGGGAGGCUGGGGUGUGGAAGGUUUGCUGGAACAGGCCAGGGAGUGGGAGCAGUCGGGAGAAUAUUCCCGAGCUGUGGACUGUUACCUGAAGGUGAAGGAUGACUCCAACGUGACCUUGAUGGAAAAGUGCUGGAUGAAGGCAGCAGAGCUUUCCACCAAGUUCCUGAGUGGAGACCGAGCCACAGAGGUGGUUCAGCUCGUCGGGCCACGACUCGCACAGCUGAGGAAGUUUAACGCUGCUGCUGAGCUUUACCUCAACAUGGAUCUCAUCAAAGAGGCGAUCGAUGCCUUCAUUGAGGGCGAGGAGUGGAAUAAAGCCAAGAGAGUCGCCAAAGAGCUGGAACCAAGAUAUGAGAACUAUGUGGAUCAGAAGUACAAGGAGCACCUAAAAAACCAAGGCAGAGUGGAGUCUCUGGUGGGUGUGGACGUCAUGGCAGCUCUGGACCUGUACGCGGAGAAAGGCCAGUGGGAGAAAUGUCUGGACACGGCGUCCAAACAGAAUUUUAAAAUCCUCCAUAAGUACGUUGCUCUUUACGCGACUCAUCUCAUCAAAGACGACGAUGCUCUGAAAGCUCUGCAGCUCUACACACAGCACGGAGCUCCACCGAACCCACAAAACUUCAACAUCUACAAGCGUCUGUUUCUGGACCUGAUCAACCUUUCCAACACUGACGGGCCGGAGUCUUACCGCAUGUGGGCCGACCUACGAAACUUCCUGCAGCAGCUGUGUGAGAACAUGUCCAAGUCAGCUGAGGCCAACUCUCCAGCUCAUGAAGAUUUUGAGCAGAUGCUGCUGAUCGCUCACUACUUGGCCACUCGGUCCGCAGCUAAAGGGGUGGAGCAGCUGCUGAGUGUAGCAGCCAAGGUUUCUGUGUCUCUGCUGCGUUACACUGAGCUUAUUCACGCAGACAAAGCUUUCUAUGAAGCUGGCCUAGCCUGCAAGGCGGUUGGCUGGGAGAACAUGGCCUUUAUCUUUUUCAACCACUUUGUGGACCUGUGUGAUGCCUUGGAUGACGCCCGCGCUCCGGAUCACUCCGACUUCCUGGACACAGACAUUCCCUUUGAGGUUCCACUUCCCAACAAACUCUGUGUGACCGAUGCCCAGCUAGAGCAGAUCCGUGACUGGGUGCUGAUGGUGUCCGUGGAAAACCGGCUAGAGCAGGUUCUCCCACGGGACGAAAGAGACACGUACGAAGCCUCGCUGGUGGCCGCCAACACCGGCCUUCGCUCGCUGCCUUGUGUUCUUACCGGUUAUCCUGUGCUGAGGAAUAAAAUUGAGUUUCCAGCAGCGGGAAAAGCAGCUAACAAAGAAGACUGGAAUAAAUUUCUUAUGGCAACAAAGACCACUCACAGUCCAGAGUGUCAGGAUGUCCUAACAUUCAUAAGUCAAUGGUGUGGUGGUCUACCUGCAUCAGGAUUCGCCUUCCACUGAUGGGAAUGCUCUCCGUACAUACUUCCAUAUUCCUUGGCUGCUAUUAUUUCUUUAUUUUCUGUUACAUGUUUGUUCCCUGCCGGCUUUUUCUUUGCCAUCUUGAUUUAUUUAUUUUAUGUUUUACUGAAAUUAAAUGUUGCUUAAGUUUCCUUUAUGCAAUUACAUAAAGAUCCUAAAUUGAAUUGAAGAAAUAGCCAAAAGAAGACGAAUUUAAAGUGAGACCCUGCCUGAAGAAUUUCAAUAUACAUUACAUUACAUUUCAUUCAUUCAUAUUUAUACUAAUAAAUAAUUAAAGAAUAGUGUAAUAUUUGUGGAAAUACUUAUUUGCUUUUUUUGGGUGUAUUUAUCUUAUUUUGACAAAGCUAGGCUAGGCUAAGCUACACUAGCAGCCUAGCCUAGCUUGAUUUAGCUACAGUGCUGAACGCAGCUAGCUAGUCUUAGACCCAAAUUCUACUUUUAUUUCUAACGAAUGUUUAAACGUUGUUGUUCCCCAAACAAUACUUUCAACAGACUUUACUGUUUCCAUAUUUAUCAGAUUUUAUUUUACAUGAAGUUAAUGAAACCUAAGCCAAAAAUUGCUAGCUUUAGCUACAUGUACAAAUAAGAGUGGGUUAGACUUUUUGCUUUUAAACCAUUUUUAAUAGUGACUUAGCAAAGCAGAAUUUAAAAUACUUAUUCAGUCUGUGUUAAAAUGGCUAUAAAUCACUGCUUGCUAUAAAACAGAAAAAAACAUGAUAGCAAAAACAAAUCUUUUAGUAUCCCAAAGUGGUAGACCACCAAUUGUAUUACAGAAAAAAAUUUAUUACACUUAUAAUUAUAUCAAAUUAUUUAUAGUAAACAUAGUUUCAUUUCCUAGGCUUUCAAACAUCAGCACUAGUCCUAUUAAAAUUUUGACACAACACACAAUAUAUAUCAGCAUUUACCCAGUUAUAACUGGUAUUGCAGAGGAGUUUUUAUUCAAGUGAAAUGUUAAUACUAGUGAAUUUAUAAGAGUAUUCAAACGCAUAUAUAAAGAUAUAUAUUAUUUUUCAAAUGUUUCAUCUCAACUGUCACAAUAUCAAACGUCAUCUAUCUUUGUAUUAGUCUUUUCUAUCGUCCCUUUGCUUGACUUUCUCUCAGGAUGGCAUAGCUGAUAAAGCCAAAGGUUGUCUAAAUUUUAAUAAAGCUUUUUACAUUUUACAAAGCUGCAGCAUGACUUUAUUUACCGUUGCUGAUCAGUUUUAGGACUAUUUGAUCUACACGGACUGAAAUUGUUUUGUUUUCUGUGAAUGUGUGUUUUUGAAGGGAGAAAUGCCUUUACUGCAUGUUUGCUGUGGAUUUAUUUUGUUUGGAAAUGUCUAAAUAAUAGAGUUAAAUAAUAAACAGGUUAAAAGCA